CCCACGUGUUGAUUCGAAAGUCUGGCAAAUUUGCGGGUUUGUUUUUUUAAUAUUUUUUUGAUAUUUUUUUAAUAUACUUUUUUUCUGUUCAGGUUGAAAUUUUUUUAUAUACAUUCAUAGAGUUAACCUCACUUGUUUUCAAGUCUCACUUUAAAUUCUAAACAAACGUCUUCAUUAUUUUGAGCCUUAUAAGUCAUAGUAAACUAUUUUUAUAUUUUUUUUUAGCUUUUUCGAACUAAUUGUAAAAAAAAGCUCAAUCGAGUUUUUCAAAUCAAUUCCCUUUGUUUUCAAUGUUUUGAGAGUAUAUUGUGUUAUUUAUAGUAUAUUACAGCCUACUCUGACGCCACAGUUGAAGGAGUCGUUGACCGGACGAUUCUCUAUAUUGCCCAGGCCUCAUUUGUUCCAACAAACUUCAAUCAUUCGAGAGGGAUUGUUAUGAACCAACUCGUCAGGUUCAUGGGUAACUUUCCCAAGGAAAAUAUGAUGUAGGAUUUUUUUUUUCAGGUCUAAAAAGCGAGCUUUACCGGCCUGACGCCAGCUCCUACGUGCAGGCUGUCGCGUAUGUUCCAUCUCUCAUUUUAUCUAAUAAUUGCUAAUUUUAGCGACGUUCCACUGGUCUCUCAGCCGGGAUUCAAUCCUCUCCAGCUUCAGUGGCCUUUCGAUCCGGAAAGUAUCACGAUUCCCCUUUGGGCCAGGGAAAAAUAUCGAUUGACGCAGUAUUGUCCAGCUCGAAAUGAUGCGGAUAUUGGCGCUGGCCAGCGAGUCGGACUCUUGACCAAGUUUGUUUUAAAAUUAUUUUUUGAAAAAAUUAGUGAAUUUUUCAAGAAAAACUUCAUGAAACUCUCAGAAAUACUCUUCUAAAAAGCUAAGAUUUUUUAUAAUAACCAUUAAUUUCAAUAGCAUAGUCCGUUUUUCUGGUACGGCGUUUUUUUUGGCGACGGCCCGCCAUUUUUUCCGUAAAAUGUAGUGUGUCGUGUGCAUACACUGCGGCGCUCUGGCACAGAAAUACUACAGUACUCCUAGUUACGGUACUAGAGUACCUUCAAAACCUAAAUCUUUUUUUUUCAGUUUGUAGAGAAAAUACUUUACAUUGCCGCAAGCAACGGUAGCGGCUCUUUCGAUGGUCAGGCGAUACUCAUGCUAGACCUUUGAGUCGAAGCUUAAGCUUUCAAAGCUCAAAAUAAACUGGAAAAGUUUGAAAACUUGACUACUUCUGAUACUGCUACCAACUCGGAAACUUUACAAUUAAAAAAAACGUGAAAGUUCUAGAAAUUCGAAAAAAAGCAGAAAAUUCCUCUUCAGAUGGGACACGGUGAAGCUGAACACGAUGUACUGCCCUGAAAGGACCAUCGAAGCCGAUCCAACCCGAGGACCUUGUGUCGUGCCGCGGAACAAGGACCUCGACGAGUUCCGCCGUCGUCUCUGGGCUUACAAACGACUUUUGGCCAAGAAUAAUCGAUGAUAUCUCAGUUUCCCCUCAUUUUCGGGUCCAUUAUUAAAGUCUUUCCAUUUUUUGUCAUUAUCAUUAUUUUGAAGGUUCAAAAUUCAUGUAAAUUUGCAAGGUUGUGAUUAUCAAUGGGUCGAAAUAGAUUCAGGAAUGAAAAAAUGAUACAAUUCAUAAAGAACGAACGCUUCACUUCAUUUCUCACUCGUUCAUUGUUUUUUCGUAGUUUUGUUCUUUGAUUGUCUCAAGGUAAGGUCAUUCUCCUACUUUUUAAUAAAUUUUUGGAGGCGCAAGGUUUUUUUUCAAUGCUUUUGCCACUUUGAAAACCUUUGAACGCUGAAUUUGAAAAAGAAAAAAGCAAUUUAGUAUAGUCAAUUUUUCCCGACUUGAAAGGCGAAGGAGGCGGGGCAAGGGGCGGGACGCGUAGCGUGUGCGUUCGCGGUUCUUGGCACGAGUUCAAUUGAAUUGUCGCCGACUAUUUAAAAAACUCGGCAACCGCUCUUUUUCAAUGUUUUCUUUUUUUUUUGAUGCACACAUAAAAAAAUAAUCAAUAAAUAAUUGAAAAAAAGGAUUGAAAAAAAGCGAAAAAAACGGGUUUUUUUCAAAGAGUCGAUGGCGGUUGAAUUGAACACGUGCCAAGAACCGCGAACGCACACGCUACGCGUCCCGCCCCCUGCCUCGCCUCCCUCGCCUUUCAAGUCGGGAAACAUUGACUAUAUUUCAAACUCAUUGAAAAUACUUGAAAACGCCUUUUUGCUAUUUCUGAUCGAUUCAAACUAAAAUUCAAGCGACUUUAGGCAUUUGAUUGGAGAAAUUUACGAGAUUUUUAAAGAAAAUAGAACAAUUUCCUGCGUAAUAAUGAUUGUAACUCCUUGAAAAAAAAUUUUUACAAAGAAGGCGGUCCGUAUCAAUUUUUUUUUUUCGUUUAUUAUUGUCAAACUAGUUUUUUUUUUAGGAUUUUCGAAAGGAUAUUGAAAAGUUGGGGACAGUGAUCGCCUCAUAAUUGAGAAUGAAUGCGUCAUAGUUAUCGAACCUUAUGGAAAAACUGGGCUUAAGACUGUUUUUCAUUGCAUUUUUUGUGAUUUUUUUGUUCAUAGAUUCUUUCUUAAUGUAUUUUUGAACAGUAGCUGGCAAUUUGAUGGAUAUUUUUUAAGAAAUAUGAAACGAGGAACGCCAACGAUUACGGGACCGUCGCCGGCCACACACGUCGCGCCUGCGCGUUUUAUUCAAGUUCACUAUAUUUUAUGUUUUUUUUUAUUACUUUAGGGAUACUGUAACAAGGGUUUGCAGUAAUUAAGACAUUUAGAAACUUAACUUCUUUGAGAAAAUGAAAGCAAGUGGAGGGCUAAAAAACUAGAAAAGGCAAAAGCGUUGAUGUUAUCUUUAUUAGGUUUUUAUUUAGACAUACUGUAAUUGUAGCUUUACUGUAGCUUUACUGUAAUUUGAUGUAACUGUAGAUACGCUAGCUCGGUAGACGUAGAAAUCUCAUGUUUUUUUUUCGAUAGAAGCUCUAUAAGAAAAAAUGAAGAAAAAAUAUUGCUUUUUUAUUAUUUUCUGCUGAGUGUUCUAUUUUGGGAUACUGUAGUUAUACUGUAAUCAGAAUAUAGUGAGUUCACGAUAGUUUAAAAAAGUUUGCUCAUGUCAGUAUUUUAAGAGAACAUCUGAAAAGAAAAAUCAGUUGUACGGUAAAAAAAUGUUCAAAAAGUAAUCUUUUUGUUUUUUUAAGUCUAGUAUGAAUUACAGUAAGAUCAUAAUGUUCAUUGAUCUCACCUGAAGCUUUUUUUUUUUGAAUGAAAAGCUUUUAUUUAAAGGUUAAUCCAACCGUUCUCGAUUUCCACGGGAAAGCUGGUGAGGUCUUGGACAGGAAAAUUCAGUUGACGUGAGUUUUUCCUUUCUUUUUUAAUUUUGUCAUCAUUUUUCUUGACUGAUUCAGAUCAUUGAUUAUUUUCUAGAAAUUCGGUUCAUGGCCGAAUCGCCUGGAGAGUUCUGACCAACGCGCCGACGCGUUAUGUCAUUUCCCCGAGCAAGGGAUUUUUAGGGCCCACGGAGUCGCUCCAGGUUUGUUUUGAACCUUGAGGGGUAACUCAGAAAAUAACUUGAUAACCUCCCUUUAGUGAUUUUUAGUUUGACAAAUUUUUGAAAAAUCUGUUCAUUUAGAAAAUUAAAAAGACAGACUUGAUAAACUGAAAGGCCCCUAUAGGGGUCGCUUUUGCAAGCUUUAGUGGUGGCCUCUAUAGGGGUCAGAGGGGACUAUCCAAGGGCCCUCUAUAGGGAUCUCUAGAGUUCUUGAAAAGCGCCUACGGAAUCGCUUGAGGUUUCUUUUCCGAACCUUAUAUGGCGUUCACUCUAGUAACCUCUACGACCAUUAUAGGGACCCCUUGAGAUUUAGGGGCUGAGGGGUCAGACCCUAAACCCCUAUAGUGACCACCUUGAUUUUUCCCCUAUAGGGACCACUUUUUCGGCCCUACAGAGGCUGUUUCUCUCCCUAACCCCUAUAGGAACCACUCUAAAAUUCCUAAUUCCACCUUUUUUGUAACGGAGUAGGGUUCAGGUCAACGUGAUGUUAAUAGAUGGAGCCAAAUAUCAUCAUCGACAUCGAUUUAUUGUUCAGGGUAAAGCGGCGCCUGGAGAAGAUACGGAUAGAAAGGUUGGAAAAAUCGAAUAGAUGAAUAAAAGACUUCAUAUAAAACCAAAAAAUAGACUAACUUAAGCAUAGUCCAUUUAACCCUGGCUUCAAAAGAGGCCUUCUGAUUUUUCAAGAAAAAGACUAACAAAGUUAUACAGUAUACUGGGGGCGGAGCUUGAGCGACGACUCCAUAUUCAAAAUCUGAAAAGGCUAUAUGAGUAACAUUGGAAAGUUUUCUGAGAGUUUUUCGUUAUUUUCAAGACGAUUUGGAAAGAAACUCCAGCGCCAACGCCUCUGCAGUCGAUUCGCGUCAAAACUGUGUAGGUUUUUCCUCAUUUUUCGAUUCAGAACAGAUUUUCAACCUCAUGGAGCAAAUUCCGAGCUUCCUAGAGUAUCUAAGAAAAAAAAUUGCUCAAGUUACAGUACUCUCUGAACGUUCGCUGAUUUUCGUUUCAAGACCCUUUUUUUUAAAAUCUUCUUUUUGAAAGUUAGUUUGAAGGCUUAGGCUCAAGAUACGUUCCAAAAAAAGGCCUAGCUUUCUUGAAUAUCAAAGAGAAAAUUAUUCAAGUUUCAGUACUCUCUGAACGUUCGCUGAUUUUCGUGUCAAGACCCAUUUUGUUUUAAAAAUAUCAUCCUUUUAACUUUGUUUCAAAGCUAAGGCUCAAGAAAAUUCCAAAAACGAAAUUUCCGAAACUUCUUGAGUACCUAAGAAAAAAACUAUUCAAGUUACAGUACUCUCUGAAACUUUGCUGAUUUUUCGUGUCAAGACCCAUUUUGUUUUUGAAAUUAUCAUCUUUUUAACUUCGUUCCGAGGCUUGGGCACAAGAAAAAAAUUCCAGACAAAAAUUUCCGAACCUUCUUGAGUAUCUAUGAAAAUAUUAUUCAAGUUACAGUACUUUCUGAACUUUUUCUGAUUUUCGUGUCAAGACCCUUUUUUUUUAAAUCCCCCUUUUGAAAGUUGGUUUCAAGGCUUAUGCUCAAGAUACGCUCUAAAAAAAAGGCCGAGCUUUCUUGAGUAUCUAAGAAAAAAUUAUUCAAGCUACAGUACUCUCUGGAAGUUCCCAAGUUUUCGUGACAAGAACCCCUUUUUUUUGAAAAUAUUUUUCAGCUCAAAAAAUGCCUCAAAUCAAUUCAAAAAGUUUCUCUCUUGCUUUUUUCGUCGUAAUAUUAUCAGAAAAAAGUUGAAUCUGAUGAAAAUUCGAAUAUUUAUUUCAGUAGCGCACCGCUUGAUAGUAAAAACGGCACUCCUACGAGCUCUUGCUCCACAAAUUGUUGGUUUUUUUUUUGUUGUUAGAGGUUUUUGAAGACUGUUACUGUGUUGAACUUGAAUAAAAGAAGUCAGAAAAUUGUGAAAUAUUUGGAAGAUUCAUUGAAAAUUAUAGAAAUUACAUGGUUUUUGGUAGCCUACUUAAUACUGCCACAGCGGUCCCUGUAGGGCCCACUUGACCCCUUACCCCUAUAAGGACCACUAAAGCUUUAAAAGUGACCCAUAUAGGGGGACGUGCUAGUCUUGCUGAAGCAUUUCCUUUCCAAGCAACAAGAAAAAAAUCCAAAAAAAUAAAAAAAUAUAAAAUGACUCCUAUAGGGACCACUCUGCCGUUUCCAAUUAUUCUUUUUUUCAAAUUUCGAAGAUUAGCUUGUCCUUGUACCGAUGCUCACAGCAAAUUUCGCAUAAAUUGGAAAAAUUGAAAAUUUCCAGCCUCGGCCCCUUCAACGCCGACCUCUCAAUCGGAUGGUGAUUAUUUGAAUUAUCUUGAAAUUUUAAAUAAAAAAUAGAUUUUUUUUGCUUUUUGAAUCCACUUCCAUGUGAAGGAAGUUUAAUGAAAUUCUGGAAAGUUUCAAAUUUUUUUAGUUUCGGAAAAUGGGAGCGUAGAAGAGCCAAAAAGUCAUGGAGUUCAUUCGACAAAGGUGUGGUUUUUUUGUUGGGAAUUUUUCUAUUUUUUUAAAUUUUUAAAAAGCUGAAAUUGAGAUUUUGAAGCUGAGAGUUUGAAAAAACGGAAAAUGCUACAGGAAUAAUGGAGAAAUUUCAAAAUUUUCCUUUCUAGUUGGAUUUUUUGAUCAUUUGGGAGCUUAAAUGAAGGAAAAUGGAUUGAAAAUGGCAGGAUUUCAUUAAAAAAAGUGGGAAUAUUCUUGUUUUUUUCGGUUUUUAGAAGGACUUGAAAAAUUUGAAGAAAAAAAAUUUUUUUUGAUUAAAACUUUUAAAACUUCAACGAAACAGUGAAAUGAUCCAUAUCAAAUAAAUUUUCAGAUCGACGAGCUAACGGAUAAAGUUCGAACGGCUGUUGGUUGGUUUUUCUUGUCUACUUUUUAUUUUCUGAAUUUUUCAUAAGGGGACCCUAUAGGGAACCAAGGAGCCACUUCCCCUCCCCUAUAGGGGCCACUAAACUUUUCAAAAGUGUAAUUUUUUGUGCCGUUUGUCUAGUUAAUUUUCAAACCGGAACUAAGAAUUAAAACAUCCCUAUAGGGACCACUUAAGCUUCAGGGGUUCAGGAAUAAGACCCUAAACCACUAUAGGGAGCACUUUUUUGUCCCACAUAUGUCAUUUUUCUCUCAUACCUCCUUAAGGAACUACUUAUGUUAUAUUGUCUUGGCGGUCAGACCCCUAAAUCCCUAUAGGGAGCACUUUUUUUCCCUUUCAGGUAAGGUUUCCUCCAUUAACCCCUAUAGGGACCACUUAAGCUUCGAGGGCUUAAAAGUCACACUCUAAACCCCUACAGGGAGCAAUUUUUUGUCCCUCAUAGGUACUGCUCUCUCCCCUAACUCCGAUAGGGAUCACUUAAGCUUCAAGGGCUUAAAAGUCAGACUCUAAACCACUAUAGGGAGCACUUUUUGUUUCUCAAAGGUAAAAUUUUCUCCCUAACUGCUAUAGGGACCACUUGAGCUUCAGGGGCUUGAAAGUGAAGCUCUAAACCCCUAUAGGGAUCACUGUGGCCUUCCUGAGUAGUUCAAAAAAUUUGUUUCAACGCUGAAAAUUUGUAAUAAAAUGGGCUUUCCAGACAAAAAGCAACAAGAAGUCUGUCGGCUGGUCGCCGUUGUCAAUGAAGUCAAAAUGCUGGAGGUACAAAAAUCCUCGGAUUUUUAAAAUUUUCUUUAUGAAACUAUAAAACUGGACUUUUUUCUCAUAACUCUGAAGAUGGUCGCACUUGGAAUGGCUCGACGCGUGGCGGUUGCGAAACGGUCGCUUUUUCGAAUUUCCCCGACCGGAAACGGCUUGUGCGCGACGGCAUAGAAACAUGUCCGAAAAAUAGAAGGGGAAGUUCAAGUCGACUCUGGACCGCGACGCGAUAAGCCAUUCCAAAUGCGACCAUUGCAUUUUUUGGAUUGUUUUAUAAAUUAAGGUCGAAUUGGACCGAGAAACGCAAGCCGUCCAGGAGCUCAGUGAAAGGAUCAAACUAGGGGAAGCUCAAUUUUCGGUAUAAUUCUUUAAAUUUUCAAAAAAAUAAAUAAUUGUUCCGUAUUCUUCUAGCCAUGGAGCGCAUUUUCCCGGGGAAAAAAAUCAUAAAGUGGUUUUUUGUCCUUCUGCGCUCCAUGGCUAAUCUAUCAAUAUUUAUGAUUUUUCGAAUAAAUAAAUCUUUUUAGGCUUAUCUAGAAAGGUGAAUGAUCAAAAUAGGUGUUAAUUAUUUAGCCAUGGAGCGCAUAUCCUCUGGAAAAGUCGCAAAGCAGUUUCUUUUGUCCCUUCUACGCUCCAUGGUUAAUCGAUCAAUUUCCAUGAUUUUUCGAAUAAAAUGACCUUUUUGGGCUUUUUUCUGGAAGGUGAAUGAUAAAAAUAGCUGUAAUUAUUCAGUUAUAGAGCGCUAAUUUUCUAAAAAAAAAAUCGAUUGGCGGUUUCUUUUGUCACUUCUGCGCUCCAUCGCUAAUUUAUCAAAUUGUAUGAUCAUUCGAAUAAGAAAAUCUUUCUCAGGCUUUUUCUGAAAGAUGAAAAAUCGAAAUAGCUGUGAUUAUUCAGCCAGGGAGCGCAUUUUUUCUAGGAAAGUCGACAGGCGGUUUUUCUUGCUCCUUCUGCGCAAUGGCUAAUCUAUCAAUAUUUAUGAUUUUUCGAAAAAAAAAGACCUUUUUCGGCUUUUCCAUAAAAGUAAAAAAUCGAAGUGGCUGUAAUUUUCAGCCAUGGAGCGCACAUUUAAAAAAAAUCGCCAGACGGUUUUUCUUGUCCCUUCUGCGCUCCAUGGCUAAUCGAUUUUUUUUUUAUGAUUUUUCGAAUAAAAACUCUUUCCGGACUCCUGCUGGAAAGUAAAAAAUCGAAGUAGCUCUAUUCAUAGAGCACAUUUACCGGAUAAAAAAAAUUAUCAGGCGGUUUCUAUUGUAACUUCUGCGCUCCAUGGCUAAUCGAUCAAUACUUUAUUUUCAGGCUCUUUCCGAAAAGGAAAGGCAAAUGAAAGGAGAAAUCGAGCAUUUGCGGAAAGCAAUCCCUGCCAAUAUCCGUGCCGGAAACCAACAUGUCGCCGAAAAUUGA